CGGGCGGAUCUCUCUGAGGUCUCUGCAGAAGAAAAAAAAUCCUGCAGAGCUGAGUUAAAUCAAGCGCGCCUGAAGAGAGAUCACAUUAUUCAGAGAAAGACUUCUGUACCGCCUCAGGUGUCGAGCAGCACAGCAGGACGGAGGCUGUGUGUGUGUGUGUGUGUGUGUGUGUGUGUGUGUGUGUCCUGUGGGCUAUGCAGCACUGUGAAGGUCGGACAGUUGUCUAAUGACUGUCUAGCGAGUGUGUGUGUGUGUGUCAGACAAAGAGAGGAGAGCCAAAAGUCUCUCGAGGGUUAUUUUAAAUUAUAUAUAUUACAUUUAAGGCGGAAACAGGUGUAAGGUGGCAGUGGAGAGACAGAGAGAAAGGGCGAGCCACACUAAGAAAGACUGGGGUGCUGUGUGAGGGAGAGAGAUGGAAGCUGAAUGACAGAUAAGUCGGUGAAAACAUAAAAGAGGAAAACAGAGACGUUACAUAAUGGUUUUUACCAGCCGUCUGUCUGCACCGCCGUCUGCACCGCCGCCUGCUGGUCACAACGGUGAACUGCAGCGUCUGUGAACAAUCACUCAGAGUCGUCAUUAUCUAAAGCUGCGCCAUCACUGUGAUGAAGGAGCUCUUUGAAGUUACAGAUUUCUUCUCAUGUCUGAAUUCAGGAGCUGAUUAACAUGUUAAAGAGCCGCAGGUGUUUAAAAGUGGACGCUGGAGCUCUCGGGCCACAGACAGAAACCAUGGACCGAGGCCGAGUGUCGGACUUCAGCAUCGAGCGCAUCCUUUCCCCGCAGCUCGGCCCGAGGCCGCCGCUGCAGGACUUUCCACCGGACAGGUAUCACCGGGGGUCACCGGCAAUGUCAGAGCUCCCUCGCCGGUCCAGGUCCCGUUACAGGCGAUGGGCUGCCAGCAGUGCAGAGAGAUGAGCUCCGGAGAGGAGCGAUUCCCGCUGUACAGACCCGCUGUUCAUCAUCAGCACUUCUACUCAAACCCCGGAGUUUACGCGCACUUCAGCCAAAACUGUGCAGAUAUGCAGCCUCUGGCGGCUUACAGUGGAUACCCGCAGCCCGCGGCGGUGCACCCGCAGUCGCUUCAGAAGUUCCGGAUGAGGACGGUGUUCACGGACAGUCAGAUCAAGCAGCUCGAGGCGCUGUUCGAGAUCACGGACUACCCCGCAGUGGAGACUCGUGCCGACCUGGCGAGGCGCACCGGGCUGAGCGAGGAGACCGUCAGGGUGUGGUUUAAGAACCGCAGAGCUCGGAGGAAGCGCCAGUGAAGCUCGCUCUUCUUCUCCGAGAACAUCUUCACCUCCCAGACUGCCCGCCUGCUGUUCACCUGAAGCCGAAGUCCCUCAAACCUGCAUUCUUCUUAAUGGCCAGUAGGAACAUGACACUUAUUUAUGACUUAUUUACACUGCUUGAUGAAAAACCACGAAAAGACUUUACGCUGCACAUUUCUGAGCCUUCUCUCAACAUCAC